UGAUAAGAGUCUGCCUUAAGUCGUUAUCAGAUCGGUGUGACUCAAUGAUGACAAUAUAGAAGUACUAAUCUGUAAAAGUACUAAUCUGUGAGUUCAUUAGUAGUUUAGAAAUCACCAUGAGGUUCUCUGUGUUAAUUAUUGUCCUUUGUGUAACGGUACACAGCGAGUCUGACGAAACCACGAAACUACCACCAUCAUCAAAAAUAACAAUACAUCCAACAACAUCACAAAAAAUAACAACAACAACACCACCAACAACAACACAACCAACAACAACAACACUAAUAACAACAACACCAACAACACAACCAACAACAACAACACCAACAACAACAAUAGCACCAACAACAACACUACUAUCAUCAACAAUACCAUCAACAUCUCCAUUAUCAACAUCGUCAAUAACAAAAACAACACCAACAAUAUCGUCAACAGCAAACAUAUCAAUAACAGGCAUAACAGAAACACCAACAAAAACAACAAAUGUAACAACAGAUAUAGAAGAAAUAACAACAGAAACCACAACAAACACAACAGAAACAACAACAGAAAUCACAACAAACACAACAGAAACAACAACAGAAACAACAGCAGAAACAACAGAUACAGCUCCAAGCCACAACGCAAAUAAUAUCUCAAAAGUCACAAAACCAGCUGGAAACAACCCUAAUAAUGUGCAGAUAAGUUCGACAGGAUCAGCUACACAAAGUCCUACAGUACCCGCAACUACUACUACACAAAGUCCUACAGUACCCGCAACUACUACUACAAAGUCCGUGACACCGGCUAGUAGUUCGUCUGAUAACUACGACCAUGAACUCGCCAUUAUAUUCGGAGUGAUGCUGGGACUGAUGAUUCUGGCCAUUUUUAUCUUCUGUGUGUACCGCUGUUACAAGAGAGAUCAGGAGGAGUCUUACAUGGAGGGAGGGGGGGACAUCUCUAUCAAAAUGUCCAAAUUCUAAACGGAGACAUUAUCUUGGUGAAGAUGUGAAUGGCGUUUUAAAUGUUGACUGAGUGGUGUUCAAGAUAGACCCGAAUACAUGAUCAUAUCGGAAGUUCGAGUUCAUAUACUACUAUUAUGUACAUGUAUGAAGAACUACUGAGGAACUCUCUUGAGCAAUACUGUUAUAAUUGAUGAUGAUGUUUAUUUUAUGGUGAUGUGACUGUUCAAUGUAUCAUGGAUAAGUUGUGUUGUAUUAUUGUGAUGGUGCACGUGUGCGACUGCACGAGACAUGCUUUACAUUGUAUGUUCAUGUGUGCGGUUGUUAAAUUCAUCUUGCUAAUAUUAAAAUGUGUUUCAUCCA